ACACUAAAAAAGUCUGAUAAUUUUGUUAUGUUUUGAUGGUUUUGGUACAUUUCAUGAAAUGGACAACCUAGAAUAAAUACUUACCGUUCAUAUUUUUAAAUUAAAUUUUACAAGAAUCUAUAGUUGUAUGUUCAUGGUUUAUAGUUUAAUUUAGUUAUAGUUUCAAUGGCUUUUUCAUUUGGUAAUACCACUACUACACAAGGUUCGGUUUUUGGUGCUGCCGCCAAACCGACAUUUUCAUUUGGUGGAACAAGUACUGCUACAACCACCAGUACUGGGUUUAAUUUUGGUACUACGACAACCUCAUCGGGCUUUGGCUCCUUUGGGACCAGUAGUGCAACACCUUUUGGUGGUUUGGGUAACACUGCUACUACAACAACUACUAAUUCAUUGUUCGGAGGGACUGGAUUUGGAGCUGCCAAACCUGCCACUGGUUUUGGAACAACUGGCUUUGGGACGAACACAUUUGGGACUGGUUUAUUUGGAACUGGAUCCAAUACAUUUGCGAGUGCAGCACCAACAUUUGGUACAAACACUCUAGGUUCCAGCAAUCUGAAUACAGGAGCUUUCGGUACCGGAACUUUUGGCAGUGGAUUUGGUACAAAACCGUCAACUGGUUUCGGUGGAUUUGGUCUUGGCACUAAUCAAUUUGGACAACAACAGCAACAACAACUACAACAGCAGCAACAGCAACAGCAAGCGCCAGCGACAGCCCACGAGGCGUUAGUCGCGGCCGUGUUCAACUGCUGUGUGUUCGGCGACGAAAGGGAUCAAGUUUUAGCGAAGUGGAAUUUGAUUCAAGCUCAAUGGGGUACAGGUCAAGCGUACUAUAGUCGAAACCAUCCGCCUUUGACGUUGACAGAGCAAAAUCCGCUCUGUCGUUUUAAAGCAGUUGGCUACUCAAAGCUCUGUGAGAAGGAAGAUAAGGAUGGACAUGUUGCUAUGAUUUUUAACAAAAGCGAACAAGAAAUUAAGAAUAACCAACAAGGUUUAAUUACAUCACUACAAGGCUUACUAGGGAACAAACCGAACUUAGCUGUCAAUGUUGAUUCUGUCAAAGCCGUGGCAGAUGACAAAAGUCAGGUGGUAAUAUACGUGGUGGAUAAGGCCGCGAACAAUUCUCACGUUUCUGCGUCAGAGCUAGCGAAUUUCUUAAACGCCGGCAACGCUAAGAACGCCCUGAGCAGCGCCGGCUGUUCUGCCGUGAGCGCCGUCACCGCACCGACGCCGCAGAUGCUGCAGCAGUACCUUCAAACUCCUCCACCAGGCAUGGAUAUAAGAUUAUGGAAACAAGCUCAAGCCGACAAACCGGACUCUGCUAAUUACAUUCCAGUGCCAAUUAUUGGAUUCUCAGAGAUAAAGUUCCGAGCGCAGUGCCAGGCGGAGCAGGGCCGGCUGCAGGCGAGCUGGCUGCGUCGCGCGGAGGACACGCUGUGCGAGCUGCGCACGCGCCGCGCCGCCGCCGCCGCCCGCCUGGCGCGCCUCUCCGCCGCUCUGCACGCGCUGCGACAUACGCUCCUGCAGAUUGUCGCGCGUCAAGAAGCCGUCGGUCGUGUUGGUGCAGCUCUUAGUCCCGAAGAGGAAGCGACCCGAGCUCGACUGCACGAACUCGCUUCACAAUUAGCAGCGCCUCCACUUUCAAAUGGGCGUUUGAACGAGUUGCUGUGCGCAGUGCGUUUGCAACGUAGCGCCAGUGCGGGAAUGGCGCAUGAACGAUAUCAAUUAGACCCAGGUGCACAAGAAGACGUGAAGCAGUUCUUGACCCUGCAACAGAAGGGCAUGGCGCAUCUAUUGGACACGGCGAGGAAGGACCUUGCCGCACUCAACACCAUCGCCGAAGGGAUGUCGCAACUUGUUCGAACUUAGAACUUUUUAAAUCACGUACGUCCUUUUCAAUACAAUCAGAUAUAUUCGAUGUUCGAAUUUUUCAACGUUUUCUAAAAUAAUACGAUUUCGAUUAUUAUUAUUAUUAUUAUUAUUAUUAUGUAUUACUAUUAGGAAUGAUAACAAAAAAAUAUGCUCUUAAUUGAACCAAAUCUGAAGAUAGACCCAAUAUCACGAGCCAACACAUUAAAAUUUUUUCUAUGAAUA